CCCAGGAUUCAGCAACAGACUCGAGAACCUUGAGAAGCUGCCUUUCUCUGAGCACCAGGAGAACCACAUCAUACAAACCAUGUCUUCCCACCAGCAGAAGCAGCCCAAUAUCAUACCCCCUCAGCUUCAGCAACACCAAGUCAAACAGCCCUGCCAACCACCUCCCCAGGAGCCAUGUGACCCCAAGGGCCCACAACCAGGCACCACCAAGUUGCCACAACCAAACUAUCCUAAGGUUCCAGAGCCAGGAACAACCAAGUUGCCAGAACCAUGCCAUCCUAUAGUUCCAGAGCCAGGCACAACCAAGUUGCCAGAGCCAUGUCAACCUACAGUUCCAGGUCAACAUCCCACCAAGAAGCCAGAGCCAUACUACCCUGUGGUCUCAGUGCCAACCCAACCUAAGAUCCCGGAGCCAGGAACCACCAAGGUUCCAGGAUCUUAUCCACCUCCUGCCCAAGAGAAGUAUCCACAGGUCCCCAACACCAAACAGAAGUAAAAUGACUCAAGAUCUCAUCUUCAUCCUCCAUGGAACAAACUUCUGAAUGCCGAAACUCUCUUGUCAUCUGCUUUCAGUCUUUAUUGCCUAUGGUUCUCCCUUGGUGGUUUUGAGAAUAUUAUCCAUAUGCUGGAAUAAAUUAACAAAAUCUCCUCCCUUCAAUUGUGUCCUGAAAACAUGCACCACUGAGCUUCAUCCCUAUCCUGAGAUUCCCAAGCACCUGGAUGAGGCUGAGGCUAUAGCUAGUUACCCAACUCAUCCCAUUGGCUAUUCAGCUAUCAGUGCUCUAUUCAGGAGAAAUUCAGAAUCUUCUGUUUUUUGACCUCAUUAAAGUCAUUAU